AUGAGAACAACAGAGCAAGAGAACGACGACGAAGUGAAGAAAGCCUCAGCUAAACGUGUUAAAAUGCUGAUCAUUAUGAAGUGUGAGGCUUGGCUUUCAGACCCAGACAUGGCCAAUCAGAAGAAACUCUGCUGUUACUGCACUUUGAGUCUGUUGCUGUUUAUUUUACUUAUUAUAAUCAUCAGUAUUACCGUCAAACAUUCAAACAGAGCUGUGAUCAGUCCGCUCAGAGCUGUGGUUGCUGCUGAUUCCAAGCUGUGCUCAGAGGUCGGACGAGCACCGGCAUCGGAGGAGGAUCUAUUUUCACUAUCAUGUCGCAAAACGGUGAGGAGGACUGAGAAAUAUUCACACUUGAUCAGCAAAGUGAUCAGGAGCAGUCAGAAGAACACUAGUCAGUUUAAAAAACAGGCUGGCACGGUGAAGAUCAUCAACUCCAGAGAGACGGUCCCAAAGACUUUCAGACCGAACCUUUCAUCAGAUUGUACAUGCAGUCAAACAGGAGGCAUUAACUGGAUGGGCGUUCCCGGUGAGAUCCGUGGUUAUGAGCGUGUUCACAGGCUGUACGGUCGUCUGCCCUGGUCCCGACUCUUCCAGCCCACCAUCCGGCUGGCCAGAGAGGGGGUCAAAUUGUCUAAAAUAGUUGCACGCUACCUAGAUGGCAUCAAAAAUCGCGGUGCACGUCAGCUGUUCGAGGACGAACAGGGAAGGAUGCUGAAGGAAGGGGACACUAUGAAAUUUGAGAAACUUGCCGAUACUCUGGAGGAGAUAGCAGAGAACGGACCAGAUGAAUUCUAUACAGGAGAAACAGCCAAAAAGCUCUUCUGUGACAUGCAGCGAGCAGGUGGAAGUAUCACUCUUGAGGACCUGCGCUCGGUCGAGGUGUCUGAGGUGGAGCCCUGGAAAGUGUCUCUGGGCAAUUACACCAUGUACUUCCCCCCUCCACCUUCAGGGGCCGCAGUGGUCAGCUUCAUCCUCAAUGUUAUGGAAGGCUACAACCUAAAUCCAGCCUCUCUAGAAGGAAAAGAGCGUGUGCUGACCUACCAUCGCUUCGUAGAGGCCUAUAAAUUUGCUAAUGCACAGAGGAAGUUAAUAAAAGACCCCAGAUUCAACAAUGUGACGAAGGCCUACGCUGUAACUAGAAAGGAGUUUGCUGACCGCAUUAGGAAGAAGAUCACAGAUGACCAAACCCACGAUGCCCAGUACUACAGCGUCACUCCUGAAGUGGACACACAGGGCACCUCUCAUGUGUCUGUGCUGGAUGAGGAUGGCAUGGCUGUGUCCGUCACCAGCUCCAUCAACUACAUGUUUGGCUGUGCAGAGUAUUCGCCCCAGACAGGCGUCAUCCUGAACAAUCAACUUGCAGAUUUUUGUGACAGAACAAACCAGACUUACACUGGUGAACGUCCUCCCUCCUCCAUGGCUCCGAUGAUCCUUCGCUCCACAAAGACAGACGACAUUAUAGUUAUCGGAGCGUCAGGGGGCACGAUGAUCACCACCGGGAUGACCAUGGCUCUCAUGAACUACCUGUGGUGUGGAAAAAGUCUGAACGACUCCAUCGCUGAACCUGUUGUGUUCGUGGACGGCAGUAAUUCUCUCAAGUUCGAACCCAAGUUUGACAAGGAAGUCAAAGAGGCUCUUAAAAAGCUCAAAAACACAGUUAAGUACACCAAGCGCUUCUAUAAUGUGGUCAACGCUAUAUCAAAGCAUAACGGCACCAUCUACGCCUAUUCAGAUGCUCGGAAGCUGGGCGUGGCUGCCGGCUACUGAUCAGUUCCUCCUACAAGUACAAGUGCUCUAAUUUAGCCUUUUUGUGUGUUGAAGUAAAUCAUGUGUUUUGAACAGUAAAGUUUUGGGGAAAAUAUUCUAACCAAAAAAGCCCGAGUAAAAGGUGUGUAUAAACUCGUUUGUGUUUGUGAGACUGUACACUUUCCACACACUCAGACCUUCAAGUCAAUUUCCCAAAUAUUGCCAUUAUAUCUGGAAUCCGACGUUCCUUACUAUGUUAUGAUUUUGUGUAACAUUGUAUACCAGCAGUGAGCGCUUGGGGUGGAUGACUUGGGCCCAAUUCCAUUUCUUAUUUUUACCCCCAAUUCCUUGUUUUCAAGUGUAACCGUCCCCCUUGAAACUGAGUUAUAAUGGGUAGUGGUCGAAAUCUUCCCUCUAUGAAACGGGACGACCCUUCAAGAACCGGAUACGUCAU